AUGGACAUCAGCAACAAUGAGAUUAGUGGAGAAAUCCCAUCUAUCUUGGGAAACUGUAGCAAUCUCACAACCAUCAAUUUGUCCAUAAACAAGUUAACAGGAGGUAUACCCCAGGAGCUAGGGAAUCUUGAAGAACUUCGUUCUUUGAUUCUUUUCGAGAACAAUUUGGUUGGUCCUCUACCUCCUGAGCUUUCAAAGUGUACCAAAAUGGAUAAGUUUGAUGUGGGAUCAAAUUUGUUGAAUGGUUCCAUUCCAUCGAGUUUGAGAAGUUGGACAGGUUUAUCAACGCUGAUUUUAAGUGACAACAGUUUUACUGGCGGUGUUCCAUCUUUCUUGUCGGAGUUUGAAAAGCUUUUAGAGCUACAACUUGGUGGAAAUUUUUUGGGAGGUGCCAUUCCCUCAUCAAUUGGAGCAUUGGUUAGUAUGUUUUAUGCAUUGAAUCUCAGCAAUAAUGCAUUGACAGGUCCGAUUCCUUCAGAGCUGGGGAAGUUGGCAAGACUACAACGACUAGAUCUAUCUCAUAACAAUUUGACAGGGACUUUAAAAGCUCUUGAUUAUAUGAAUUCAUUGAUUGAGGUUGAUGUUUCAGACAAUAACUUCACAGGUGCAGUACCAGAGACAUUGAUGAAUCUUUUGAGCUCAUCCCCAUUAUCAUUUUUGGGCAAUCCCUACCUAUGUGUCAAUUACCUUCCAUCAUGUGGUUCAACUUGUGCAAGAAGAAACAACAGUUUUAAGCCAUGCAACAGUCAAUCAAGCAAGCAUAGAGGCCUUAGUAAAGUGGCAAUUGCAUUUAUAUCCCUGGCUUCUUCAUUAUUCGUUGUUUUUGUGCUUUAUGUACUAGUUUAUAUGUUUCUCUUGCGCAAAAAGACAAAGCAGGAACUUGAGAUCUCUGCUCAAGAGGGGCCAUCUGCCUUACUCAACAAAGUAUUGGAGGCUACAGCAAACCUUAAUGGUCAGUAUAUCAUUGGGAAAGGAUCCCAUGGAACUGUCUAUAAGGCCUCUUUGGCUCCAGACAGAGAUUAUGCUGUCAAGAAGCUUCUAUUUGCGGGGCAUGAAGGAACGCGUUUGAGCAUGGUUAGAGAAAUUCAAACGCUCGGGACGAUUAGGCAUCGGAAUCUGGUUAAAUUGGAAGACUUCUGGUUAAGAAAGGACCACGGUUUAAUCUUGUAUAGGUACAUGCAAAAUGGGAGCCUUCAUGAUGUUUUGCAUGAAAUUAAACCCCCACCAACUCUUGAGUGGAGUGUCCGCUAUAUGAUAGCACUUGGAACUGCAUACGGGCUGGAGUAUCUCCAUUAUGAUUGUGACCCCCCUAUAGUUCAUCGAGAUGUCAAACCAAUGAACAUCCUCUUAGACGCUGAUAUGGAGCCUCAUAUUGCUGAUUUUGGUAUUGCUAAACUUCUGGAUCAGUCUUCUGCAUCAACGACGUCCAUUGCAGUUGUGGGAACAACUGGAUAUAUUGCACCAGAAAAUGCGUUUAGACCAGCAAAGAGCGUGGAAUCUGAUGUGUACAGUUAUGGGGUUGUUCUACUUGAGCUGAUAACUAGAAAAAGGGCAUUGGAUCCAUCAUUUGUGGGGCAAACUGACAUUGUAGGAUGGGUUAGGUCAGUGUGGAGCAACACAGAAGAAAUUGAUCAAAUUGUUGAUUCAAGCCUUAAGGAGGAAUUUCUGGAUUCAAGUAUUAUGGACCAAGUUGUCGAUGUGCUUAUGGUGGCAUUCAGAUGUACUGAUAAAGAUCCUAGAAAGAGGCCAACGAUGAGAGAUGUUGUGAAGCAAUUAUUAGAUGCAAAUCCCCAAAUGAGAAGCAUAAAAGGCUAG